CAAAAAUUUUUGUUUAGAUUGACUAAGAUUUUUCUUCUGUGUCACCUACUUUUUUUUUCUUAGAGAUUUUGAAGUACGGGCACCCCUACUACACAACAUAAGUUGUGCAGCACUUAGGAGUCAUCCUAUUCUACUAUGGAUCACAAUUGUUAAUAUCUCUUUCAGUUCAUUUUUCUCUACAUCACUACAAUUUUGCACUGGAGACGUCAAAAACAGCAACUGAAAUUGAAAUGGUUCUCUCUGAGACAAUUUAUCAAACAUGUAGAAGCACCACUCUCCCUCUCUUUUUGAAGAAAUGGGAAAUUGCUAUGAAGAAACCUCCAUAGCACCCUUUGAAAAAGAAGCAAAACCUUUAUUCAAAGCAAAAUUCUCCGAAGAACAGUUCUCUACCUCUAUUUCACAUCAAUAAUUCAGGUACUUUUUGAAUUGAUGGGUCUUUCUUUUUCAUAUUCCCUUUAUCUUUUUUUCCAAGCAAUGUGAAAUUGCUAGGAAGAAACCUCCAAAGAUGCAUUUUGCUUUUAUUAGGCAUUACUCUUUCAUCAAACACUGAUUUGAGCCACCAUAGAUAUCUUGGAGUUUGGUGUAAUAUAAUUCAACAAACUAAGCAAAAGGAAUAUUGGAAAGCAAGAAAAAAGGGUUUGGUUUGGUGUUCCAUAAUAUUGAAUUAUUGAUGAACUUUAUUUGACUAACAAUUAAGUAGGUGAGGAUUUCAAGCAACCAAACUUCUAUGCACUUUCCUACAUAGACUUAUGACUUUGUAUACACACUUGUGUAGUCAACUUUAUCAUUUAUUAAUACUCAUUUUACAUCAAAAAAGAAGAUUGAAUUGCAUUGGCAUAAAAACCAAUAUCAUUGCAAGGAUAAUUCAUAAUUGAAUGGCAUCUAUCACCACCAAAGAUGAAGCCUCUUCAUCUUCACCAUCAAAAUGGAGUCACCAUGUUUUCUUGAGUUUCAGAGGCGAAGACACUCGCCAAGGUUUCACGGACCAUCUUUUUGCUUCAUUGGAAAGAAGAGGGAUCAAAACAUUCAAGGAUGAUCAUGAUCUUAAGAGAGGUGAAGUGAUAUCAGUAGAACUCAAUGAAGCCAUUCAAGACUCUAUGUUUGCUAUCAUCAUUCUCUCACCAAACUAUGCUUCCUCAACAUGGUGUUUGGAUGAGCUACAAAAGAUUGUUGAAUGUAGCAAGAGUUUCGGUCAGGCUUUUUUUCCAAUCUUCUACGGUGUUGAUCCGUCUGAUGUCAGGCAUCAGAGAGGAAGCUUUGCUAAGGCUUUUAGAAAACAUGAAGAAAAGUUCAGAAAAGAUAGAAACAAAAUUGAAAGGUGGAGAGAUGCUUUAAGAGAAGUUGCUAGUUACUCUGGUUGGGACUCCAAGGGCUGGAAUGAGGCAUCAUUGGUGGACACAAUUGCUGAACAUAUUCAUAAAAAAUUGAUUCCCAAGUUGCCUGUUCACAAAGAUAACCUUGUUGGAAUUGAUUCGCGGAUAGUGGAAAUGUAUUCGCUUCUAGGAAUGAGAUUAAGCGAUGUUCGCUUCAUCGGCAUAUGGGGAAUGGGCGGCAUAGGGAAGACAACUAUUGCUAGAUCAGUAUAUGACACAAUCAAAGACGAAUUCAAGGUUAGUUGCUUUCUUGCAGACAUUAGAGAGACAAUUUCUAAGACAAAUGGGUUAGUUAACAUCCAAAGUGAACUUCUUUCUCAUGUUACGAUAAGAAGUAAUGAUUUUUAUAACGUUCAUGAUGGCAAAAAGAUAUUAGCUAACUCAUUCAACAACAAAAAAGUUCUUCUUGUUCUUGAUGAUGUGAGUGAAUUAAGCCAAUUAGAGAAUUUAGCUGGGAAGCGAGAAUGGUUUGGUCCGGGGAGUAGAGUAAUCAUCACAAGUAGAGAUAAACACUUGUUAACGACACAUGGAGUGCAUGAAACUUAUAAGGCUAAAGGCUUAGUGAAAAAUGAAGCACUUAAGCUCUUUUGUUUGAAAGCCUUUAAAGAAAAUCAACCUAAAGAAGAGUAUUUGAGUUUGUGUAAAGAAGUGGUUGAAUAUGCAAGAGGUCUUCCAUUAGCACUUGAGGUAUUGGGUUCACACUUUCAUGGAAGAACUCUUGAGGUUUGGCAUAGUGCUUUAGAACAAAUGAGAAAUGUUCCCCACUCCAAAAUACACGAUACAUUGAAAAUAAGCUAUGACGGCUUACAAUCUAUGGAGAAAAAUAUGUUUCUCGACAUUGCUUGUUUCUUCAAAGGAAUGGACAUAGAUGAAGUAAUAGAAAUAUUAGAAGAUUGUGGCUAUUAUCCCAAAAUUGGAAUCGACAUUUUGAUUGAAAGAUCUUUGGUAAGUUUCGAUAGGGGGGACAAAAAGUUGUGGAUGCAUGAUCUGCUUGAAGAAAUGGGAAAAAACAUCGUGUGUCAAGAAUCUCCUAAUGAUCCUGGAAAACGUAGUAGGUUAUGGUCUCGAAAAGACAUAGAUCAAGUAUUGACAAAAAAUAAGGGAACUGAUAAAAUUCAAGGCAUAGCUAUGAACUUAGUUCAACCAUAUGAAGCAAGCUGGAACAUUGAAGCCUUUUCCAAACUAAGUCAGCUAAGAUUACUCAAAUUAUGUGAAAUAAAGCUUUCCAGUGGCCUCAAUUGCUUCCCUAGUUCACUAAAAGUUCUUGAUUGGAGAGGAUGUCCUUUGAAAACCCUGCCACAAACUAAUCAUUUGGAUGAAAUUGUUAACCUCAAAUUAUAUCAUAGCAGAAUAGAACAACUUUGGCAUGGAACACCGUUUCUUGAAAAUCUGAAGUCCAUCAAUUUGAGCUUUUCGAAGUCUCUAAAACGAUCGCCCGACUUUGUUGGUGUUCCAAAUCUUGAAUCAUUGGUCCUUGAAGGUUGUACAAGCUUAACUGAGAUUCACCCCUCCCUUCUAAGCCACAAGAAACUUAUUCUACUGAAUUUGAAAGACUGCAAAAGGCUCAAAGCUCUUCCAUGCAAAAUAGAGAUGAGUUCCUUGAAGGGUUUAAGUCUUUCCGGUUGCUGUGAAUUCAAACAUCUUCCAGAGUUUGGCGAGAGCAUGGAUAAUCUAUUAAAGCUUUGUUUAGAAGAGACUGCAAUAAAAAAACUACCAUCUUCACUUGGAUUUCUUGUAUCCCUUGUUAUCUUGGAUUUAGAAAAUUGCAAGAAUCUUACUUGUCUUCCAGAUACAAUAAGUGAAUUGAAGUCCCUCUUGAUUCUGAAUGUUUCUGGCUGCUCAAGACUCCGUAGUUUUCCAGAAGGUUUAAAGGAAAUCAAAUCUUUAGAGGAACUUUUGGCAAACGAAACUGCCAUUGAAGAACUACCUUCAUCUGUUUUUUAUCUAGAAAACCUCAAAGUUAUAUCAUUUUCGGGAUGCAAAGGACCAGUUUCUAAGUCAGUGAAUACGCUCUUUCUACCAUUUACCGAGUUGUUAAGUAGUCCACAAGAACCUACUGGAUUUCGGUUACCACCUAAGUUGUGUCUACCUUCAUUGAGGAAAUUAAACUUAAGUUACUGCAAUCUAUCUGAAGAAUCAAUGCCAAAAGAUUUGUCCAACUUAUCUUCCUUGGUUCUUUUAAAUCUCACUGGAAACAAUUUUGUUAGGCCACCAAGUAGCAUUUCGAAACUUCCAAAGCUUGAAUAUCUUAGCCUAAACUGUUGUGAAAUGCUUCAGAAGUUUCCAGAAUUUCCAUCAAGUAUGAGGGUGUUAGAUGCAAGUAAUUGUGCAUCAUUGGAAACUUCCAAAUUCAAUCUAUCUAUGCCAUGCAGUCUCUUUGCAUCGAUGGCACAGCGAUACUCGCAUUUGCCUAUACUACUGAAGAAAUAUUUGGAGGCACAGGAACACGGUCUACCGAAAGCGAGAUUCGAGAUGCUUAUCACAGGGUAUGAAAUUCCAUCAUGGUUCACACCUUCAAAAUAUGUUUCUGUUACAAAUAUGUCAGUCCCUCAUAAUUGUCCUCCAACCGAAUGGGUGGGAUUUGCUUUGUGUUUCAUGUUGGUAUGUUUUGAUGAUGAACCUGAGAUAUGUAAUCAUGAAGUGAGUUGUUACUUGUUUGGACCAAAUGGUAAGCUGUUUAUCCGAUCCAGGGAUUUGCCUCCAAUGGAACCAUAUGUCCGUCACCUUUAUAUUCUCUAUCUUACCAUCGAUGAAUGCCGCGACAGGUUUUAUGACGGCGGUGACUGCAGUGAAAUUGAAUUUGUCUUGAAAACUUAUUGUUGCGGUUCUUUGCGAGUAGUGAGGUGCGGUUGUCGCAUUGUAAGUAAGCAAGAUGUUGAAGAUAUGUACAAUAACCAUUACUAGGCUCUCUCAUUAUAGUACCUCUGGUUUUUUCAUAUAGUGCCGUGCAAAUGAUGUUAUGUUUUGUAAUUUAUAAACAGAUUUUCAUGAUUUUUUGUAUU